CGUUUUCUGGUCUUCUGUCAAUGAAGAAGAAGAAUCCUCACUGGGCUGAAAUUGUGUUAAUUUAAAGUGAACGUACGCUUUCGGUACAAACAGACACAAACGCGUGUGAUGGGAAACUUUUAGGAUUACAGCGUUUCGUGCUUUUGUCUUGUUGCAGGUUCAGAAACAGUGUUGCACACCUAGUGCUACCAAGCUGGGCUGCUACAUGGCUAACUAGCCUGCUACAUGGCUAACGAGCCUGCUACAUGGCUAACUAGCCUGCUAGGCGAAUACUUCAGGUGAUGCUGUUCGCAAAACUUGUGUCUUGUCAGCAUCGUAUCAUAUUUUAGCCAAAAUUGUCGUUAUGUCCUUGUGGCUAACGUCGUGUAAGCGGUUUAACCUGAUCAGCUUUGUGACACAGAGAGGUUUUCAGUGCCGCAGUAACAGACAUACUAAACUCCACUUGAACGUUAGAUGCUGCUCCGCUGUUCAGGGUGAGGUGAGGGUCAGGUUUGCGCCCAGUCCAACAGGGUUCUUACACCUUGGAGGUCUCCGAACUGCUCUCUACAAUUACAUCUUUGCAAAGAAGUAUGGAGGCUCAUUCAUUCUGCGACUGGAGGACACUGAUCAGAGCAGACUGGUACCAGGAGCGGCAGAGUCCAUAGAGGACAUGCUAGAGUGGGCCGGGAUACCUCCAGAUGAAAGUCCACGUCGAGGCGGGCCGAUGGGUCCAUAUCUUCAGUCGCAGAGACUAGGCCUCUACAGUCAAACAGCCCAGCAGCUCGUCGAGAGCGGUCACGCCUACUACUGUUUCUGCAGCCCACAGAGACUGGAGUUACUUAAAAAAGAAGCCCUGAGGACUGGACAGACUCCAAGGUAUGACAACAGGUGCCGUCACCUGCGGGCUGACCAGGUUCAGGAGAAGCUGGCUAACGGAGCACCACAUGUGAUCAGGUUUCGUCUGGAAGCAGGAGCUGAGCCUUUUCAGGAUCUGAUCUUUGGAUGGACUUGUCAUGAGGUGGCACAGGUGGAGGGAGAUCCGGUGGUGAUCAAAGCAGAUGGUUUCCCCACCUAUCACCUUGCUAACAUAGUAGAUGAUCAUUACAUGAAGAUCAGCCACGUGCUACGGGGCUCAGAGUGGCUCAUCUCCACCUCCAAACACUACCUCAUGUACCGUGCUCUCAGAUCCACCUUCCCCCCCCUGCCGCUUCUGAUGAACAAGGAUGGUAGUAAACUGUCCAAGAGACAGGGAGAUAUAUUCAUCCAGAGCUUUCAGAGAGAUGGGGUCCUGCCAGAGGCCCUGCUGGAUAUCACAACUAACUGUGGAUCUGGAUUCAACACCAAUCGAGUGGGGCGGAGGAUAGAUGAGCUGAUCUCUGAGUUUAAUCCUUCUAAGAUCACUACACAUUCUGCUUUGUUAGACCUGGAGAAACUCCCAGAGUUCAACAGGAUUCACCUGCAGCAGAGUAUUGAAGAUGAGAAGCAGUGCCUUGUGUUCAUAAAAGAUUUGCAAGAACUGAUUCAACAAGCCUAUGCAGCAGAGAUCCAGGAUAAGGAAGUCCUACAUGAGGAUUAUAUCAGGCGGGUGCUACAUCUUCGCAAGGGUCACAUAUCCUCCCUGAAGGAACUCCUAAGUCCUCUGUACUCUUACUUGUGGGUGCGUCCUUCCUUCUCCAGCCAGCAGGUGGCAGCAUUCACUGCAGAAGCCCAGCACAUCGCCUCAUUAGUGCUGAAAUUAGUAGAAGAGCGAGGUGAGACGCUGGCAGUGGAUGAGCUCAGUAAAGACCUGAAGACUUUGGCUAAACAGGUCAAAGGCACAAAGUACAAAGACGUGAUGAAGCUGUUACGUUUGGCUCUCAGCGGUCUGCAGCAAGGGCCCAGCGUAGCCGAGAUGAUGGUGUCUUUGGGGCCUGCAGAGAUCAGCCAUCGAUUUCAGAAACUAAUCAAACAACCUGUGCCUCAUGGACUGACGGAAAUCAAGUGAAGACGAUGUCUGCUAAUAAGGACACAGCCUGUAUGUUGAGAGUUACAUUGCUUAACCUCACACUGGGCGAUUCUGGGACGCAUUUAAAAAAAAAA